GUGGAGAACGAAAGGCAACAGGGAUGAAAAGUAGGCUACAAAUGCAGUCCGUCUUAAAGAACAGCCUGUUAUUUUCCCUGAGAAAUCUUUCCCCUGGAAUUUCAACCUGAUAAAAAUGAAACGCCCUGAGCACUGAAAAUGCCCUCUCCAAAAAGAGACAGGGAUGACAGAACAACGCUUCCAGGAUGCACUGCAGAGGCUAUCAACAGUAAUAAAAUGGACAAGACACAAGUUACCAUGUCUGUUCCAGACGCCCCCUCCAAACUCCCAAAGCUGACGACAGAGUAUCGGACAGGCCUUGUCCCCUUACCAGGCUCUUGGUCCAACUUGCCCCUAAUUGGUACUCUAGACAAACCAGACCUGGCACCUCAUUCACCACCCGUGUCCAUGGUGGAGCUUCCACGGAUGGUUUCCACAGUGGGCUCUGAGUUGGCCUCUGGUGAGUCACUAUGGAUGGAGGGCCCUUUGGUGAUGCCGUCAGUGUUAGGAGCAGACAUUCCUAUUAAGGUUGAGCGGUCAUCUUGUGAGAAUUCAGCAGUAGACAGUUUCGCAAAUGAAGGAGCUGACAAGCCUAAGUGCACUGAUCAAGGCAAUAAGACGAUAGCAGUAAAAGAGAGCAAGUCCAAAGCUAAACCACUCACUGGUGUUGAAGCUGUAGAAAUCCUGGCAAAAAAGCGGCACCUCGGAGAGUUGCAGUUCUAUCACUUCCACAAGGUGGAGAGUGUGCAUUUUAGGCCAUAUGAUUUGCAGAUGGUUCCCAGUAAUAAGGCUGGAACAGAUUACUACAUCUUUUCACCGUACACUGUGAUGCAUGUGCAGGAUGGCUGCAACACAACAGUCCUAUCUCUGGCCGAGUGGUACAGAGAGGCUGUGCUCUGGCGGAGUCUCAGAGACAUUCCAUUUUUCCGAGACUAUUUACUACGCAAGGCUUUUACCUGGUGGCAGAGGAAUGUGCGACGAGUGACAUUCCAACGCAGGGCCAACCUGCUGCAGGAGCAGCUCCCCAUAGCUGUGCCGCACUUCAGGGAUGCUCUCCUCCAAAUGUCAAGAUUAAUUGAAGAGUUGAAAGAGGUUCACUGGCUGCCGCAGGAUGUCUCCAAGAUGUACACACUUGUUGACUUCCAGAUGACUCUCAAUGAAAAGAACCAAGAGUCUCAAGUGUUUCUGGAGAAAUUCCUUUUGUAUCGCUCAAUGAUAUUGAGCAUGGUACAUGAAGACAGUUAUGCGGCCCACCAGGAGCUGCAGCUCCAUAUUAAGCAGUGCCAGACCAGCCAGCGCAGCCAACCUCUGCACCAGCUGCUGGAGCACCAGAGUGGCCUUCAGAGGGACCUUGCCCAUGCUGAGGCCAUCUUGCAGCGGCUCGGUAACAUGGCCUCUCUGGUGGACUGCAUGAUUGUGCAAAGUUUGGUUACCAUAAUUCAUCGUGAAGUCACGUCUUUCCUCCAUGUAGUUUUGAAGAGAGAGAGACCCGAGCAGGUCAGUCUGUUUCAAGGAGAGCUCAUCUUUGGGGCAGAGGACAAGUUGACAAUGUUCCCACCACUUCACCUGUUUAAGGAUGUUUUACAUGGCGCAGUGUCAUCAGUUGCAGACUUGAUUAUGCAGACAUUUGAUUCCUGUAGCCGUCUGGCUGACGGAGUAUCGACCAGCAGUUCCUUGACUACUGUGAAGGCUGGCUUUACUCCAGACAUCAGUCUGAAUCACAGUGCAGGGGAGACCAUGACCUCAGUUCUGGAGCCUAAGGGCGGUGUGCUAACAGGUGUGAGCAACACAGACUCCAAGCGUGACACAUGUGUACUGGGCAGCAGUCUAGUGCUGCCCCACCAGCCUCCCCUGAUGCUGCAUGGUCAGAGGUUGCGGGGGCAUUACUUCCCCCUCUCCCAAAAACAGCUGGAGUGGUACCUGGGACUCAGUGCCACAGUGGAGGAGGUAGUGAGAGAACAGGCCAAGAUCAUGCAGGAUGCUCAGGCAGAAGUACAUAAGCUUGGUAAGAGUUUCUCCUGGUUGGUGGACAUUCAUUUGUUCACUAGCCAUUGGAGUGCAACCUCCCUGAAUGCCAUGAGGGGUUGGACCUUUGUGCAAUAUGAGGAGUGCAUUCAGAAGAUUCGCCUUUGGGCAGAUCAAUUGCGCACCCUGCCACCUUUUUUCACAACAUCUAAUAAGCUUUUCACUGUGAACUGCAUCCAAAUCCAGAACAAAAUAGGACCAUUAUUGAACUCUAUUGAAGAGGAUUUCCUCUCCCUGAUAACAGAGGAGAUUCAGCUGCGCUCUGAGAAUCUGAUCUCGGAGCUCAAGAGUGUUGUGGAUGGCCUGCAAGCUCAGCCUGCUGACUUCAAUGACUUUACUCAUUUUGCCAGCAUGGUGGAACGCUGUAAGAAGAUGUCAGAAGAGGGACAGCCACAGCUAGAGUACAUCCAUUCCCUCCAGGAGACCCUCAGCAGAAACUUCAGACGCAUCACUCCUGAGGAGGUGGCACUGGAGGAACAGAUGCUCGAUUUGUGGGACCAGUUUGUAUUCCACCUCAAACAGGCAGAGGAGACAGUCAGCCAGUGCCUUCCCUCAAUGGCAAAAACCCUUAAUAAGAGCUUCCAGUCCCUUAAGCAGGAACUAGAGGACAUGGUGGCAGGUGUAACCAUGGCUGACUACCUGGAUCCCAACCAGAAUGCUGCCCAGGUGGUCUCUAAACUCAAGGUUAUGUGCAGACAGCUAAAUGUUAGCUCUGCACGUUUGAGGGAGCUAAGCCGAACUAGUAGAACCCUGGGAAAGGAGCCACUGGAUUUGACCUUUGUGGAUGAAGCCUUGCGGAAGAUUGAGACCCGAAAGGAACUUUGGGAGCUCAUGACAGUCUGCAAAUCACAAAUCCAAGAAUGGAUGCAACUACUCUUCAGUAAGUUUGUGGUGGGAAAAGCUCAGGAGAAGGUAGAGGAAUGGCAGCAACACGCGUCAGUUUUAUCAAGAGUCAUCCCAUCUGAUGAUGCUGUGCUGCAAGGGGCUCUGCGUAUCAUGGAGGACUUUAGUCAACAGCUACCCAUGUUGGCUGAACUUAGCAGUCCGACACUGAAGCACAAGCACUGGAAAAACAUUUUUAAAGCUAUGGGACUGCUAUAUGCCCCUCAAUGGAAUCUUACCGUGGCAGAUCUCAUGUCAAAAAAGCUACUGGAGCAUCAAAAGGCAAUCAAAAAGAUCUGCAGAGAUGCUAAAGCAGAGGCAGAUAUGGAGCAAGUUUUCCGGAAGAUUCAGCGGAACUGGGAAGGGGCUCACUUCCAGCUUGCAAAGUUCAUAAUCACCGUGUGGGAUGAAGACAAAUCACAGAUGGGGAAUACCCGAAAGAAGAAGUCCGUUAUCACACAGCAGUCUUGUGACAGUGGCACAUUUACCAUAAUUGGACUGGACACACUCCUUUCUGAAUCAGAGGACAGUGUAAUGACCCUGUCAAACAUGCUGGUCUCCCCUCAUGUGGCGGAUUUCAGAUACGACAUUGAAAAUUGGGUGCAUCUAUUACAAGAGCUUGAGGAGCUGCUUCACUAUUGUGAAAUGUACCAAGAAAAGUGGGUCUUUCUAAGUAAAAUGUUUUGUGAGACAUCAGUAAAAAAUCAAAGCUCUGAACUGUUGGAGAAAUUCCAACCGGUGGACAAGAUAUUCCGAAAGAUGAUUCAGAUAAUACUGAAUGACCCACAAGUACUGAACAUUGUGCAUGAUAAUAAGGAUGUACAAUCAGCUCACUCCUUCCAGGGAAACAGUUUGCGUGAGCUCAUCACUGAUGGACUGUUGACUAUGGAUAAGAUUUCCAGUGAACUGACCUAUCACCUGGAUGCUCCACGGAGGGCAUUUCCCAGGCUAUGCUUUCUCAGCGAUGGUGAGGUGAUCAAACUGCUAUCACUGCAUCCAACACCCAUGACUCUGCUGCCAGUGGUGCGCAAGUGUUUCCCAGGAGUACGCUGGCUUGAAGUCGACAGCAAGACAGACAUACCCACCGGACAAAAUGCUGUUAAUCCUAGCAGUGGGAUAGAUCUGUCAGGGAGCCAGAUUUGGGUAAAUGGUGUGUAUGGUACUCUUAGAGAAUAUGUGCCAUUUCCCAGUCCUUUGGAACCAAAUCUUAACCCCUUUGCUUGGUUUGUUCUGCUGGAACAACAACUGAAACAAGCUAUGGUUCAGCAGAUGAUGAAAUGUGCCAUUGCUCAUCAGAUGUCUGUAUUAACAGAACAAGAUGGAGAAUGCCAUAGAAAAAUGAGUGAGACUCUACUUUACCCAUCUUCACUUAGAAUCUCAGCAGACUUUGCAAGAAAUGAGGGACAAACUGAAAUGAACAACUCUAGUAUCAUGGCCACUCUAACUGACUUGCUGUCUCAGUUCCCUCUACAAUGCCUUUUGGUGUCAGAGGAAGCCAGGUGGUGCAGUGAUGUCCAGAAAACCUUUCAGAACACAAGCAGGGUCAAAUGGGAGCGCAUCAAAAGCAGGUCCACACUCAAACUUCAGAUCCUCUGCCGGGCUAUCCAGGAUGGGAUUAUGGACUCCUGUGAAAGAACACACAAGUACCGUCACAAAAUGGCAUCUUUACGAGCUCUGAUUUUACUUAACAUGAAACACUUCAGACAGUUGUCCCAGCUGAUGCAAGUGAAAGGUGAAUUUGAAUCGUCUUUUGUGUGGCACAGGCUAAUGAAAUAUCACCUUGAUUUACAUGCUAAUCAAAAUGACAGAGAGCCACCGUUAGGCACCCAAGAGAGUCACUGCAAUGCUACAAAGUCAUGCUAUGUUGAGAUUUUGGGAAACAAACUCACCUAUGGUUAUGAAUAUGUAGGACCUGAGAACUGGAUGAUAGUAAGCAGUCCUAGCACGGAACGAGCUGUCUUGGGAAUCCUACUUGCCCUCACCAACUAUAGGUGUGGGUUAGUCAGUGGGCCUUGCAUGUCUGGAAAGAGAAAGACUGUGGUUAACUUAGGACAAGCUUUAGGACAGCAUGUGGUGACAUUAAAAUGUCACACCAAUACACAUCCAUCUGUUGUUGGCCAGAUGUUGUUGGGAGCUCUGAAAACUGGAUCAUGGCUUGUGCUGGAAUCAGUUGACUCUUUGACUCAGGGAGCUCUGUCGACAUUGGGACAGCAAUUAUCAGACAUACAUCAGUCCUUUUUGUCAUUGCUUGGCAACACCCAGUCAAACAAAGACACAGGACACUGGUCAAAUUACAGGUUUGAGGAAACUGUUGGAGACAUUUUCAACAAACCUGAUAUGAUGGAGGGCCGGAUGGUUUUCACAGGGAAAUCCAUUUUAGCAAAGCUCAGUUAUGGCUGUGUUGCCAUCUCAUCAAACAGCUACUCAGUUAAGAUGCCAGAGAAUUUAAGAUUUGCGACUCGGCCUAUCUCAUUAACUGUACCUGACUAUACCAUCAUUAUGGAGGUAUUGCUCACCUCCCAAGGAUUCACAGAUGCCCCUGCAAUUAGCCAAAGGUUAAUGUCUCUCUUUAGCAUGGCAAAAGACUCCGUCUGUCUACCUGACAUAAUCAGUGGUAGCCAAACAUCCUGGCUUGCUCUUAUCAAUAGUAUCAUAGCUACCUCCAGUUCCCACUUACACAAGUCUAAAGUAGAAGAAUUCCGUAGAGACAGCAUGGUCACAGAGGAUGUCCAACGAGUUGUCAAGCCAUCGGAAGAACUUAGCAUUGUAAAAGGUCAGACCUCCAGAUUCAACAAGACUGCGGCAAUUUUGAAUUCUUUGGCUGAAGAACAGGCGGUUGUCAAGGGAAUUCUUUCAGUAGUAAUACCUGCCAUUUCAGACCACCAGAAAUCCUGUCAAUUUCGCAGAAUUUUUGAGGAGCUCUUUCCAACCUUUCGGUCCUUACCAGUCCUUCAUCACUUCAAUGAAGAAAGGGACCAGUUCAAUCUCAAAAAUGCUCUGGCUGAAGAGCUUCAAAAAACAGGUCUUCAUGCUGACAGUGGGGUGAUUUCCAGUGCCCUGACCCUAUUUCAGUCCCUGAAGUUCUCUCAAGCCGUUCUAAUGGUUGGUCCAGCUGGUAGUGGUAAGACUACAUGUUAUCAAGCUUUAGCAGGUGCACUCCGCAAACUUGCUUCCAGGAUAGUGGAAGUUGAUGAGGAAAAUUUCAAUGAAGGACAAACCUCAAACUCAGAACUUCAGGUCCCGGCCUCCACUAGUUGGUAUUGGGUUUACACUGUGGUCUUGUUCCCCAAUGCAAUGUCACAUGAGGAAAUCUUUGGUGGCUGCUCAGAAAAACAAUGCACAUGGCGGGAUGGGGCUUUCACAAAAGUGCUUAGAGAGUCAGAGCGACAUGACCUGUCAGCCAACCCUUUCUACAAGGUGGGAAAAAGAAGAGUCCUGGUACGAAAAAUGAAAUGGUUAGUUCUAGAUGGUGACCCAUUGGCAACACCUGGUUGGUUGGACAAAUUAAGCACACUUGGAACAUCACAACCCUUUCUUUCUUUAUCAUCUGGAGAGAAAGUGUGGCCUUCAAGAGAAGAUAUGAGGGUAUUGGCUGAAGUAACUGACAUUAGUGGUGCUUCACCAUCUGCAGUGACACAAUGCUGUUUAGUGUAUUUCUCCGGGAAAGACUUGUGGAAGUCUGUUUGGAAGGCUGAGAUGGAUGUCCUCUACAGGGAGCACACACUAGAGCACAAGACCCUCAAAAUGUGGAAGAGCAUGGCAGCAGACUUGUUUGCUAGGACACUGACAUUCAUCAAGCUAAACGCCCUUACUUCGGUGUUGCUGGGUGAUGAAAAUUCAGUGAGAAAAUCUAGUCAUGGUGUCAUAGAUGGACUGCAGGAAGUUAUGUCUUUCAUCAGAAUCCUCCAUGCUCAGUUAGAACACUGGCGGAAAGGACAUGGUAUGAAAGCUUCACCAAAAGAAAUUGAAAAACAAGAUUCACUGAAUGCUUCCACUUCCACUGAGAUCUAUGUCAGAAAUAUGUUUGUGGUGGCCUACAUCUGGGGCUUUGGUGGGCAUCUACACCCAAGACACUGGCCACAGUUUAGCCAUUUUGCUCGUCAGUCACUGUAUGAGAGUCGAUACAAAGUGGAGUUUCCCAAAGAGGGCUCGGUCUUUGAUCACUGUUUCACUCUCAGUGAAGGUAACCAAAGAGAAACUAGUAACACUCUAAGCUGCUCUAUUGGCAAAAGUCUGCAACUCCAUGCAAAUAUACCCCAGUAUGAGAGGCAUGCCUAUCUGCUGGAACUACUGGUGGAUGCCAAUCAGCCAGCAAUUCUGGUUGGGGAGACGGGGUCAGGGAAGACCACACUCUGCCAGUCUGUUCUCAAUAAAGGCAGACAGCUCAUUCGAGUGCCUGCAACCCCUCUUCUUCACAUCCCUGACCUGAGGAAAGCUCUAGAAAGCAUGAGAUUCCAACAUUCCAGAGCGAAGAGAAUGGGGAAGAGCAUGAAUCAGUCUGGAAUGUUACUGUUUAUUGAUGACCUCCAUGAUGCCCCCCUUGAUGCGUCAGGAAAGGAAUCGAUGGCACUGGAAAUGCUGAGACAAUGCAUUACAAGGAGAGGAUUUAUGACCAAUGAUGGUUAUCAUUUCAAGUUGUUCAGGUCUGGAGCAGUAUGUUAUUUGGGCACCUGUAGUAUACCAGGAAAAGGAAGAAACAGCGGUAACAGAAUAUCCCAACGCCUAACCAGACAAUUUUCUAUUCUCCCACUACCAAGUUUGGAAGUUGAUAUUCUGUUUUCAUUUCACUCAUCACACUUGCAGAGGUGGCUUAAUAGCUUCGCCUGUAAGCCACCAGAUAUGGCAAGAUGCAUUAUAUCAGCAACGCUCAAUUUGUACCAGGCAAUGUGCAAGAAUUUCUGUCCACAAACAAACAGAUCCCUGAUUUUCUUUUCAGUACAUGACCUUCAAAAGGUAUUUCAGGGGAUGUUUCUCUGGAGUCUACGUGCAACUACACAACAGGUUACCCAGAAAAUGUGUUCUCUCCCAGCUGUUUUACCACCCUCCGCACUGCCUUUAUUUCCUCCGGCAGUUUUGGGUCCAACGGCCAAUGUGCUCAAUAUUGCUCGCCUCUGGAUGCAUGAGUGCUUACGAACCUUCAGGGAUCGCUUAGGCUCUGAAGAGGACAUCCAAACAUUCAUCAAGCUUUUAGCAGAAGUGUCGGAAGGACACUUUGGUAAAAGAUUAGCUGUUGAGCCUCUGACAGACAAACAGGACACAUCUAGAUCUGCAUGUCCAUCACCACAUGCAGGGUCUGUUAGGGCUAACUCAACAGACUUAAAGCAGAAACAGACAGUAGAUGGGAACACACUAAUAAAGGCCUUGAAUAAAUCUCAGUUGUCCGAAAAAGUACACUGCAAGGAGAAAUCACUCUUCAGUAGCUCAGACUCAAGUAGUGGAAGUGACGAGGACAUAUGUGGUGAAACGCCUAUGAAAAGUAAUACAAAGAUAACCCCCAAAAGAAGAAGAUACGUGGAAAGAGGCAAUAAGACAGAUGAUUUAGAAGGUGUUCAGCUGAACACUAAAUUUGGAGCGGUGGUGACAAUAUUGAAAAGCCCGAUGUUGAAGAAGCUUCAUAAAAAAAGUCAACAGGCCAAAGAGCAGGUCUAUUACAGUCCUUGGGCAACGGCUGUUGAUUCUGUUCCUCCUCUCCAGUUCCUUAAAGACAUGGGAGCCACCAUACCUAGCGCAGUGUUCUGCCCAGAACUCUCAGAGCCCCUCAACUCCGUUUCACAGCAGAAUAACUUCAAACGCAACUCAGUGUACCAGGAAAGAGACUUGGACCUAUUAGCGCAACAGCUAGCGCUCACUGUAAAGGGCAGAGAACAGGAGGAGGAGACAGAGGGCAAUGACCAGUGGAAAUGCACUGCCAGUUAUGCAGUAUACAAAGCAAGGGUGCGGCAGCUCAGUCACAUCCUGCGUGUCUUGCUAAUACCUGGUGGACAUGGGGCUCUCUUUUGCACUGCCAAGGGCACAGGACGCAAAACCACGGUGCGUCUAGCAGCCCUUCUGUCUGGGUACAAGCUGAUGGAGGUCCAUGAGAGGAAUGAGGACAAGUUUAGGGAAAUGCUCAGGGAUGCAGGAAGCCUCACUGGCAUGCUGGGUAUUAAGAUUAUAUUGCUUGUCCAUGAGAAUAUUAAUCAGGCCAUCAGGGAUGAGCUUCUCAUGGUAAUGGCAAGUGGAACUGUGCCAGACCUUUACUCAGAAGAAGAUCAGAAAGAAUUGAUUCAGAGGAUCAUUACCUCCGGGAACAGUUCACGAAAUCGGCUAAGUGAUGAUCAGGCACUUGAUAAAUACUUCAGAAAUAUUCAAAGGAACCUUCAUGUAUUCUUGCUCCUGCCCUUAAUUAAAGAUGGUGCUGACAGAUUUGUCAAGUGCGCAGUACUUUCAGCACAUAUUAAAAAAGCGCUGCGUCUUUGCCACUGUGUAGAAAUCUACUCACCUUGGACAGGUCAGGAUUUGGUUGAGAUUGCCCGUCACCAAUUUAAAGACCACCCCCUAAAUGCUGACAUUGAAGUCGAUAGAGACACUUUAACAGCGAGCAUAUCUUGGGCUACGGCCUGUAUUCAUCAAUCAGCUGUGAGAUACGCUGACAACUAUCUUCCAGGCCAACAACCAUUUACCUCUCAGAAAUAUGUGGAACUGAUAGCAAACUACCUCCAACUCUGUAGCCAUAUGCGUAGCCAUGGUCAAAGCCAUGCCAAUAGGAUGGUUAUGAUUCUUUCACGUGUGAGCGAUAUUGCAGACAUAGCUCAACAAAGCAGACAGCAAGUCAUCACUCUGAAGGAUAAAUUGAAAACUAUGCACAAGGACCAUGCUCUGUUGCUACGAGCUAAGGAAACAGAACGCACAGUGUGUGCCCGGACACAUUGGCACUAUAUCAUGGAGAAAAACAGCCUUGCACAGCUAGAGGAGCAGGCUUACGAAGCCAACAAGCAGGUCGAAGAUGCUUUAAAGCAGGUAACCCAACUGUACAAGAAAUCUGUGAAUGCUCUGAAAUGUUUAAGUCAAGUUGACCUGGAAGAGGUCAGGCGAUACCGUUGCCCACCUGAAGGAGUGGUGUUGGUCAUGGAUGCAAUAUGCAUGCUCUUUGACUGCCCCAGGAAUUGGGAAAGUAGCAAAAAGCUCCUGGGGCAACCUAAUUUCUUUCAGGAAUUGGAAUUUUAUGACCGCAGUAGCAUUAAUGACAAACUUUACAAGAAGCUCUCCAGUAUCGUGCACAUGACAGAGUUCCAGCCAGGUGUGGUGCGCUUCAAGAGCCACGCCUGCGAGUCCCUCUGCAACUGGGUGCGGGCGCUGUACGAGCACGCCAGCGUGCUGCGCACCAUAGCUCCGCAGCAGGCCCAGAAGAAAAUUAUGGAUGCCAGCGUGGAGGAGAGCCGCAAGCACAUGCAGGAGGUCUGCAUGCAGGAGGAGUUGUCAAGAGAGCGCUACCAGGAAGUAAAGGGCAGGAUUGAGGUCAAUCGCCAGGGCAUGGAGGACGUGUCGAUGCAGGUGCGGUUGAAGGACGUGCAGGAGCGGGAGGCGACCAACACCCUGAAGCAGAUUGAGUACCACAUAGCUAAAUGGAAAGCUAGAAAAAAGGAAAUAGAGAUGAACAUUCAAACAAUUCCUGGUGAUGCCCUUAUCUUGGUGGCUGUUAUCACUUACUUUGGUCCAUUUGGAUCCGAUGUCCAAAUGGAGCUCCUUGAUAAGUGGCGUGAGCUGUGUCUUCAUGGUCAGACCAAGUCCAACCUUAGAGAUCCUAGAGCAUCGUUAGUAACUGACUCUUUGGUGAGCUCUUUGGAUAUCCCCCCAGCCUUCGCCAUUCCCAUGGACAAGCAUCUGCAGAGGGCUUUAGCAAGGACCAUAGGAGAUGAGCAGUGCGUGGAUCCGUGUGUAUCUCCAGGCUCUGUCAUAAAGUUGCUUUUAUGGUUCUAUAGAAGUGCUUGGGUCUCACGUUGGCCUUUACUGGCCGACAUACAGCAACAUGAAGAAUUCCGUUCACAGUGCAUGGGAAUUAAAGGUAAAGUUAAUGUGGAGAAUGAGUACGGGCUGGUUGUCAGUGCUGAUGACCCAGAUCUUCUGGACAAACUGAGUCAUGGAGCAGAGAAAGGACUAAAGGUCAUGGUGACUCACCUUGAGCGUCUUAUGCCCAGCCCAGAAUUUCUGAAGUUCCUGGUUCAUCCAUCUGGUAGCCGAACUCCUGGUUUCAUAUGUCCUGUUCGGUCCUCCCAUCCCGAUUUCUGCUUGUUCUUCAGCACCCCACUAUCAAUGAGGGCUGUGCUAAGGGAGAUUCAUCCUGCGAUAUUGAAGGAGGUUCAGGUCAUUGAUCUGUCUCUGAGCUCUGCUGAGCUGAAAGAGCUCAUGAUGAGUGAGAUUCUACAGUCGGAAAAUCCAGACCUGUGGACACAGCACUUCCAGAUCAGAAGUAACAAACAGUCACUGGAAAACAAGUUACACCACGAGGAGAUGUCGCUCAUGGAGUACGUCCUCCAGUCCUAUACCCCUCUUCAGCAGGACCUUGCCUUCCUCCCGCGUGUCGCAGCCUGUCACAAGGCCAGUCAGAAGCGGCAGGGCGACAUUGAACAGUGCUGCCAAGAGCUUGAGUGCCACAGGCCGCUGCUGUUUCACUACCGCUUCAUCACGGACCUGGCCGUGGCCUUCUACCAGGCCCUGCAGCAGGUGGCCGUCCUGUCCCCCCUCUACCUGUUCACCCUGCACAACUUCCUGACCGCCUUACGCCACGCUCUUCUGUCCAAGGGGCAGCCGAACGUGUCGUGCAACAGCGAGGGCUCUGCGAUGGCCAAGGUGACCAAGCGGAUCGUGCUGCAGCUGAUGGCCCACUAUCGGCCCUGCGUGUUCCAGAGCCACUUCACCUUGCUCCGGCUGCUGGUGUCUGUGGCCUUGUUUGGGCACAGCGAAGACUACACCAAAAAGGAGCUAGAGGCCUUCCUCUAUGGCCUGAGCGGCCCCCUGCAGGUUUCACUAGAUAGUGCGCCAUGCCUCGAACUCCCAAGUUGGAUCCCUUCCAGCGUCCACGCAGAGCUCAUGCAGCUUGAGAAAAUCCCACCCUUCCGCGGGCUCAUCAAGUCGUUGGCAGCCAAUGCCGACCAGUGGCAAGAGUACCUGAGUUUCCCCUCCUCCACUGUGAUUGGUCCCAUCCCCUGCCAAUCACAUGCCCAUCUGUCCACCAUGCAGCGGGCCCUCCUUUGGAGGACGCUCUUCCCCAGCUGGCUGGCGGCCGUUGCCGAAGACCUCGCCGCCUGCCAGCUGGGUCAACCGGUUCACUCGGCCCCACAGGUGGGCUCGACUCGGGCCCCGCACACAGGCUGCCCGGAGGCUCUCGCCCGCUACCUGAACAAGAACGAUGGACCGGUGAUCAUACAGCUGCCUCACCCAAGCCAGGGGGUGUCAGCAAGCGCCCACCCGAUCCACUGGCUCACCCAGAUCGGCCAGAUCCCCGGUGACACGAGAGUGGUCAAGAUGAUCUCUUUGGGGACAAAUAGUGAGAAAGACUUGAUCCUCAGAGAGCUUGAACAAGGUGCUGAGAGAGGCCAUUGGGUGGUCCUGAACAACUGCCAUCUUGUGAAAGAAUGGGAUGAGGAGGUAGUCCGCAAACUCACUCAUAUAUUAUCCCUAGCAGCUAAAGGACCCAAAGUGGAGGUAGACGAGACAUCCCCUUUUCCUAAGGAUCAUGUCCAUCCUCUGUUCAAGGUUUGGUUCAUAACUCAGGGGGAAAACCCACGUUCGGUGCCAGCUGUUGUGAGAGUAUGUGCCCUUCGUCUGGUGUGCGACUCUCCCUGGGACCUGAAGGAGCAGCUGUGCUCGUCCCUGUACUGCGUUGCGUCUCACCUCGCCUCCAGCCCACCCCCCCACAACUCCAGCUCCAGCUCCAUGGAGGCCAUUCUCCGCUGUGCCACUCUGCACUCUGUGCUGCUUCAACGACAAGCCUUCCAGUACUUGGGUCAGGGCAGCCUCUACAACUGGACACAGGAAGACCUUGUGACUCUGAUAGAAGCUCAUAUCCAGUUAAGCAAACACUGCAAUGACACAACUGAGGCAUUGGAGUAUAUUGCAGCGUAUCUGGUGUAUGGUGGUCAUGUGUCUGACUCUGCUGAUCUGGAGGCUGUGGUGGGGGUGACCAGGGCCUGCCUACGGUCUCCCUCAGCCUCGUGGGGCAGCGGUCCACACACUCUGGCACACAUCAUCAGCACUUCUGGCCACUUAGGCUUCCAGGGUCUUGACCACCAUGUUCAAAACCUCCGCGACACCAACAACCCUCUCCUGCUGGGCUUCAGCUCUGGGCUGGCCGUGGAACAGGUCAAACUGCACAGCCACUGUCUGUGCACCCUGCUGCACCUGUCACAGAGCCUGCUCAGUGGCCCCCGAGCUCUGACCAGCACGUGGAGGCAUCACACCUUACCUGACUACAAGGAGACCCGGGCAAAGCUGUUGGCCAUUCAGACCUCUCUGCAGCACACGAUAGAUGGUAAAGGGGUGGGAAGUGGACCCAUGCGUGACUUCCUGCUCAUGGAAAGGGACAGGUUGGUAGAGCACGUGGCUUCCCUACUAGCCAGCCUCACCUCACCAAGCCGCAAGACGCCAUCCUCUUGGACCGAGUGUACAGUCCAGGCUUUCGGUAAACUGGAGAAGAGAGCCAGUCUGCUGCAAGACUACCUGGGGGAGGACUUGUCCAGCUCGACGUUCUUCGCCUGUUGCCUGUCUGUGUUCCAGAAUCCACAAGGCUUCCUUGCUGCUCUCAUCAGACAGACUGCUCAAGACAAGCAGAGGGACGUCAGCCAAGUGUACCUCCAAUAUCAGGUGCAAAACAUUUCCGCGUCUCCUUCAUCCCUUCCCCUCAACCAUGUCUACUUGGGAGGGCUGGAGCUGCAUGGUGCCGUGUGGGUUUCCAAGUAUGGGGCUAUACAGGACACCCUCUCCCACAAGCCAUGCCCCUUACCACUGGUACUGGUCUGGGGGCUCGACAGAGCCGACGAGCGGACUCGAGAGAGCCUCUCCCCUUGCAGUCCCCAGAGUAGUACCUCGGCCUUCCCCGUGUACAGCUGUCCCCUCUACCUGGACCCACAGCUCACGGACGGAAAAUGGGGCCUCUCGGAGAAAAACAUCAUAACACAUAUUCCUCUGGUGUCUAAGAUUGACCCAGUGCUUUGUGCUCAGAGGCGAGUGAGGUUGAUCUGCACCCUGUAAAACAAGCUCGAAAUCAUAGUUUGACCAUUAUGUGUUGAUUUGUUAUAGAUUUUGUAUAGAAGAAACUGAAAAUUCAGUAUCUGAUUUUUGUAUGGCCACUCACUGAAAUCCAUCUCACAAAAUAAAGUUUAUUAAGUAAGUACGUAAUUAAAAACAGUUUUGCAACAGUAAUUUCCUAUGUAGUACUUUUAUCACUGUAUAGAAUUGAAAAUCAGUAAGUAGGCAACAUAUUUUUUUACCUUAUCAGAUGAGAGAUAAGCAGCAAUAACUCAUGCUUCCGGUUUCCUUUAAACGUGGUAGUAUCUUACACAAGUUUCCUGUGAAAUGUGGAAGUAUGACAGGCUUUCACAUGCAGCAUCCCAUUAGAUCUAUUUAUAUGUAGCUUAUGUAAGCUGCAUUGUGUUGAACCUGCGCGAUUCAGCCCCGCAAACAGCAGCACCACGGAUCGGGAGGCGAGCGCGCUAACAAUUGAGCCAAUAGCCCAGGCUACUGGCUCGCAUGCCAGCAGCACUCUUGUGGCGUCGGGGAGUGAGGUUUACCAACGUUCCACAAGCACAGCUAAGCUAGCUGGCAUCCGUUACACUUACACUACAUAACCAAUAAAAUCGUGAUUUGUCAGUUGGUGAAUAUUGAAAUAGACUGAUUGUAAUUGUAUUACAAUGAAAUAACUGUGCAACUAGACCAAAUGUCAUUAGUAGAAUAAAUGUCUGAAAACAUUGUUU